AUGUGUCACCCAAAGCAUGACGAAGGUGCAUUCGCAACAGCGGCCGGCUCCCAGAUACCUGUGACACUUGUCACAGAUAACCUUGAGAAAUCCUCACUUGAUGAUCGCGUCUACCGAGUUGUUCGACUCGAUAACGAGCUCGAGGCUCUUUUGGUGCACGAUCCCAAGACCGACAAGGCCAGUGCUGCUCUUGACGUCAACGUAGGAAAUUUCAGUGAUGAAUCUGAUGUUCCUGGUAUGGCCCAUGCGGUCGAGCAUCUUCUUUUCAUGGGCACAAAGAAGUUUCCCACUGAGAACGAAUAUGGGCAAUAUAUCCUCGACAAUUCAGGUAGCUACAAUGCUUACACCUAUCCAACCUCAACAAACUACCACUUCGAUAUUUCUGCCAAGUCAGACAAGGACCAGGAGCCUUCAGACACAAACCCAUCCCCGUUGCGUGGGGCUCUGGAUCGGUUUGCCCAAUUCUUCAUCGAACCGCUCUUUCUUUACGAGACCCUCGACCGAGAGCUGAACGCUGUUAACUCGGAGCAUAAGAAUAAUCUUCAGGAUGAUGACUGGAGACUGGAACAGCUUGAAAAAUCUCUUUCGAACCCUGAGCAUCCCUUCCACCUAUUCGGGACCGGUAAUUAUGAGGUUUUGAAAACCCUUCCUGAGGCACGUGGAAUUAAUGUCAGGGACAAGUUCAUCGAGUUCCAUGACAAACACUAUUCGGCCAAUCGCAUGAAGCUGGUUGUUCUCGGGAGAGAGUCUCUUGAUGUGCUUCAGAAAUGGGUUGCAGAGCUUUUCUCCCCAAUCGUUAAUAAGAAACUCCCUCCGAACAGAUGGCCUGGAGAGCUUCCAUUUCGGGAGUCUGACCUGGGAAUGCAAUGCUUCGCAAAGCCAGUCAAGGACUUGAGGGAGCUGAACUUGUAUUUUCCCUUCAUCGACGAGGAGUUCAUGUUCGCCACCCAACCCAGUCGUUAUAUCAGUCAUCUUCUCGGACAUGAGAGACCUGGAAGUAUCAUGUCAUACCUCAAGUCUAAGGGCUGGGCAGAUGGCCUGUAUGCAGGUGCCCAUCCCGUAUGCCCUGGUACUCCCGACAUUUUCAAUGUGCAAGUCUGUUUGACGGAAGAGGGUCUUAAAAACUACGAUGAGAUUAUCAUGGUUUUCUUUCAGUACCUUACGUUGCUACGAGAAGAGCCUCCCCAGGAAUGGAGAUUUCAGGAACAAAAGGUGAUGGCAAAUGUCGCCUUCAAGUAUGAGCAAAAGACACCCGCCAGUAGUUUCGCUCGCCGCAUCAGUUCUGUCAUGCAAAAGCCUCUUCCACGAGAAUGGUUACUCAGUGGCCAUACCCGACUCCGAGAAUUCGCCCCUGAUCAGAUCGAACAGGCGCUCUCUAAGAUUCGCCCGGACAAUUUCCGCAUGGUCAUUGUGUCACGAAACCAUCCCGGUAACUGGGACCAGAAAGAGAAGUGGUACGGAACUGAAUACCGCCACGAGAAGAUCCCCAAUGAUCUUAUGGAGGAAAUCAAGAAGGCCGCCGCAGUAUCCCCGAAAGAACGCCUGCCGGCCCUUUAUCUACCAAAGAAGAACGAAUUCAUCCCGAACGACCUCGAUCUCGAGGUCAAGAAGGAGGUAGAUGAGCCUGCCCUCAAUCCGCAAGUACUACGCAACGAUGACAUUGCCAGGACAUGGUGGAAGAAAGACAACACUUUCUGCGUUCCUCUCACCUACGUAGGAGUGAGCUUGAGGACCCGCCUUAUCUACACUUCUGCGGAAAAUACUGUCAGAGCCGACCUAUUUAUAGCCCUGGUUAACGAUUCGCUAAGAGAACGCUCCCAAUACGCUAGAUUGGCUGGUUUUGAUUACAGCUUGAGUCGCGAUGAGCGGGGUUUGUUGUUGCUAGUCGAAGGCUAUAGUGAGAAGCUUCCUACGCUGCUGGAACAAGUCGUAACAACAAUGCGAGAUCUCCGUACCGGACAUCGCUUCGAGAUCGUUAAAGAGCGACGUAUUAGGGCAUACGAGAACUGGCAGCUUGGAAAUCCCUACACCCAGGUCUCUGACUACAUCCAGUGGCUAAACGCACCUGAUGGAUAUUUCACAAUAGAAGAGCUCACGCAUCAGUUUCAAGGUUCCACGAUUGAAAACGUCGGACUUUUCGCGAACCAAAUGCUUAGCCAGAUGUUUAUUGAGGUUUACGUAUAUGGAAAUACGUACAAGAAGGAUGCUCCAAGCAUAACCAACAUGAUUGAAUCUAUCUUGAAGCCUCGAGCAUUGCCCAGAGAUCAGUGGCCCGUCAUGAAGUCUCUUCUCCUGACUGAGGGCUCGAACUACGUCUUCAGAAAGACUCUCAAGGAUGAGGCGAAUGUCAACCAUUGUGUUGAGACUUGGUUCUAUGCCGGUAGUCGCGAUGACCGGGAGAUAUGCGCCAAGACCAUGCUCCUUGGCGAGAUGCUCCACGUGCUUGUCUUUGAUCAACUUAGAACCAAAGAGCAGCUGGGCUAUAUCCUGUUUAGCGGACCUGGGGCUUUUUCAACAACAUAUGGUUUCUACUUCCUUAUCCAGAGCGAGAUGACACCAGAGUUCCUCGAUGCCCGUAUCGAGGCGUUCCUUAUGAGAUACGCACACACUUUGGAAAAGAUGACUGAAAACGAAUUUGAAGGUCACAAGCGAAGUUUGAUCAACAAAAAGUUGGAGAAGGUCAUAAAUUUUGAUCAGGAGUGGGUUCGUCAUUGGUCUCAAAUUACAAACGAACGGUACGACUUUGAGCUGGCCCAACGCGACGCUGCACAAAUCAAGCUGCUGACCAAGCUUGAAGUCGUGGAGUUUUACAGCAGGCUUCUCAACCCAACCUCCACUCGUCGAGCUCGUUUGUCCAUCCACUUGAAAGCCCAAAACAAGGCCGAGGGCGUCGACAAGCGACAAGAGGAGGCCCAGAGAAAGGCCGAUGAGGAACCAUCACCUGGAAAUGCUCUCGAGACUGCUCAAGAGAUCACAGAUGUCGGACUUUACAAGGCUGGUCUUGCUGUCAGUUCCGGUUUGGUGCCUUUCCAGGAUAUUGAUAAACUUCCGGUUCGUGAUGGCGAUGAUUGA